AUGGCUCUCUCUCACCUGGCUAAUGGCCAUGGAUCCUCAUCCCCUACGGAGCAACAAAUUGCGACAACCGUCCCAUCCCCACGAACCGAUAUCUUCAAUGCCAGCUCCGUGGCCGAGAUCAAGGCGGCACUCUCCCGCCUCCACACCCAAGAAGCCUCGGUGACCGCCCGCUUAGAUGCGUUAGUAACCUCACAGAAAGACCUUUCCCGGGAAUUGGGCCGGCUGGAUCUGAUGCGAGCCCAUAUUGGUGCUCAAUCAACCACCACCCGGACAAUAAGCCAUGAAAUGCUUUCCGAGGCGGCAGGCACUGCCGAUGGGAUUUCGCGUGCUGUGCGCCAGCUGGACUUGGAGCAAGCCCGAGUGAAAGCUACACUAGGAGUGGUGGAGCAGGUUGCAGAGCUAAAAGCAUGUGCACUGGGUGUUGCGGGUUCGAUGGGCGCCUCCCAAGACUGGGAAACCGCGGCUAGCUACCUACACCGUGCGGCACAGAUCCCACCAGCGGUGAUCAAUGGAGCGUUUGCCGCAGAGAUGGUCCCGACAGCCGAAGUACCCGACGCGCCAAGUGUGACCUUGGACACAGCAGCGGAAUCGUUAUGUGGGCUAUUCUUGCGGGAAUUUGACAAGGCAGUUACGGAGAACGACGGGGCCAAGAUCACACGGUUCUUCAAGUUGUUCCCACUUAUCGGUCGAUCCGAGGUUGGACAGGAUGUCUAUGGUCGCUACGUCUGUCAAGGCGUGGCUGCAAGGGCGCGUGGUAAUCUCAACGCAAGCACAGGGGCGCAGGCUAAGGACGGAUUCUUCUACGCCAAUGCCUUGACUAAGCUGUUUGAACAUAUUGCACAAAUUAUUGACGGCCAUGGUGGGCUAGUCGAACGUCACUAUGGUCCUCGGAAGAUGGGGCGUGUCAUUGAGCGACUACAGGUUGAAGCCGAUGUACAGGGUGGCAUUAUCCUCGACACCUGGGGUGAUGAGCGACACGUGGACCGAAAACUGAUGGAAAUUAAGUCUUAUGCAUUUACCUUCCUGGUGCAGAGCUUCCUUCCAGCCCAGCGGCCAGGCCAGCCUCGUACAUACUCGCCGGCGCCAGGGGGAGCCACUGCUCCAGCUUCUGAAGAUGAGGGAGUUGACAUGAAAGAGAUCGACGAGAUUCUGAAUGAGAUGGGAAUUAUGCUCGGUCGUUGGUCACUAUACUGCCGCUUCCUAGCGGACACUUGCAACCCUCCCGUCGACGAGAACGAGAAUAAUAAGAGAUUUGAGCUUCCUGCCUUCUUGCAGGAGUCUUCUUUGGCACGCAAGGUCAACGACCGACUUGUGACUCCAUUUAAUACCAUGACAACCUUCUUCUUCCGCCGGUCUGUAGAGAAGGCAUUCCAGCUGGAUGAAUCGCCAUCAGGCUUGAAUUUGAAUUUGCAACGAGCACUCCAAGCAGACCCUCCCCAUAUCAGCUCUGCUGUUGAUGACAUAAUGUAUAUUGUCAACAAGGUUAUACAACAGUCACUUGCCACAUCUCAGGAAAGCGUGGUCACCAAUGUGGUUCCUACGCUAUCACGUGUUCUUGGUUCUGACUUCAUCGGCAUGACCCAGCGCAAGAUGCGUGACGAAUGCUAUCCGCGCGCUGCUGCGCAGGGAGCCCAACCUCCAGAGCAGAUAGUGAUUUCAUUCCUUGUGCAGAUCAAUAACCUUGAUGUCGCAAUCGAUUAUAUCCGGCGCAUUGUUCAAAACACCUCGGGCUUGAAGCAGCCUCUUCCCACCUACAAAGACGGCAGCCCAGAGCAAAAUCCGGGUGUCACCGAUCAUCUCCUGUCACUCUUCCCAGAUCCUGCGUCCGCCCUCAAGGUUGCGAACACGCUUUACUCUCUUGCGAGCUCAUUCGAAAGCAAGGUCAAUGAUCUUCUCAACGACGGAAUCCAAGUCGUCUUCAACAACGUGAUCAAGCACCGCCUCCGACCCAUCCUCGCAGAUGCCUUCCGCGACAUCGAAUACCACCCGUCGAGCGAUGCCGAUCAAUCCGUUGACACUCACGAUGAAUUCCAUGAACACGACGGCAGCGGCAAGGAGAUCGUCCGCCCUCGCUUUGCGGCUGGCUGGUCAGAACUACUUGUCCCGAUAGCCCGUAUUCUCACGCAACAAGCCUUCGACCGUCUUCUCACUGUGACUAUCGCUUAUUUUGCCCGUCUGUUAGAAAAACGGUUAUGGUCUUACCAGGGCCGUGUCAAUCCGCUCGGCGCAGGCCGUCUCGAGCGCGACAUUGCCGGCCUUGUAAGCGCCGCCGUAGACGUGGGUUAUGGAUCCGGUACCGCAGGCCGUUACCGUCACCGUGAAGCACUUUCGCGAUGUGUACAGAUGACACUGGUUAUGAGCAUGGAUGAAGACGAGUGGGACGAAGUGUUACAGGGUGGUGAGGCGGCCGAGGUAGUAGACAAACUUACCCGAGAAGAGAGAGUCCGUGUUCGUGCGAUGGUCAGACGCAGAUAA